UGGGACCAAGCUAUUAAAUUGCCAAUGUCAUUCGUUUUUAGUCUAUGUUGCAUCCUGUUCCUUUUUGUUUGUCAGACAAUGACAGGCCCUGCUAAGCUCCAAACAGAAACCACAUGUUUUCCGGAAACUGGACCAGAAUGAAAGGCUCUCUUUCGUUGGUUCAACUUCAAAGCAAGCUUUGCAGGACCCUCCCCUCCCAUGUUCCGUGUUGGUUGUUUCUUGUCACGCUUCUCUCCGUACGUCAGGGAUUCGGGUUAAGAUACUUUUAUAGUUCUGCGGUCACAACUUCCAUUCAACUUAGUAUGUCAAUGGAUCCAAUUCUGAUCCGGUUUCGUUCUAAAUCUGAUCUAAUCCUGCUGGUCUGUACUGACAGUGAUCAUCCAAUUGUUAAUACAAAUCCGACAACUUAAUAUUCAAGGGUGGGCUAAUUUCGAACCAGUAGUUAAUAUAUGUAAUCUGGGGUAUGAUUUUUGUAUGUUUAUAUUUAUAUACAAACAACCAUGCAAAUAAUGUGGUGAAUUGACAUUCGAUAAAAUAAAGUGAGAAGAUACGGAUUUAUCUGUCAUGAAUUUGACUCGUAAUAUUCUUCGGAUUUCCUAUUCAUCUACAGAUGCCUACCUUCAACUACCAUUCUUUGCUUCUUGAGAACCAUUCACCAUCUAUCUACUAUUGGUCUCAACUCUCAAGCCUGUCUUUCCAAAUAUCUUAGCAUUGCAAAUCACUACUUAAGCGGCUCCAUUGCCUCAAAGUAGCAGCACCCUGUUGACUUCCUCCCCAGAAUUCUAUGCCAAAUGGCCGACUCCGAACACUCUUCUUCCGAUGACUCUUUCUCGGACUCUCAAGCUACAGAGAAAAGCAGACAAGAACCUGAGCUUCAAUUCUCUGAGGACGAGGAAGCACUUAUUAUAAGAAUGUACAAUCUAGUGGGAGAGAGGUGGGCUUUGAUUGCUGGGAGGAUUCCCGGAAGAACAGCAGAAGAAAUUGAGAAGUACUGGUCCUCUACAAACUCGACGAGUCAAUAAACAAUUAGGUCAAUCUGUUGUGUGACUCUACCUCGACUCUCCCAAGCUUGCAUUGCAGAAUUUGCGGUUGGAACCGGACCAAUUUGUAAUAUUGAACAUAAGAUCAAUGUACAAAGUAAUGUUCCAAGAGUUGCCAAUCUAAUAAUCUUCUUCUACAUAUUCCA